AUGGAUGUCUAUCAGAGCGAUGUGAAUGGCAAAGGCCCAUCAACUCUCGUCGUAGCUGGGGAUCUGAUACUAGACGAGUAUCUCCGCGGCUCCGUCAACCGCACCUCACCGGAAGCAGAUGUUCCUGUCGUGGAGCAAGAGGAGACGGAGUAUUUCCCCGGAGGGGCUGCAAACGUUGCGAGCAACAUUGCAGCCCUUGGUAUUCCAGUGGUGCUGGUUGGAGCUGUCGGGGAUGACGAGGAAGGGAAACGGCUGCUGUCCCUUCUGGCAGGCGUCAAUGUGGAUGUCUCGGAGGUUCAGAUCCUGUCGAGUCGGCCUACCAGCCGCAAGACCCGGAUCAUCGGCGAACGGCAGCACAUUGUCCGCAUAGACCGAGAGGUCGUGCAUCCCCUGGAGGAAGGGCAGCAACUGGCCGCCCUGGAUUCUGUCCGCAGGUGCUUGCCUCGCGCGCUGGGUCUCGUCUGUUCUGACUACAACAAAGGCUUCCUGUGCGAGCCCGUCAUCAGAGCGCUUGUACAUGAAGCCACAUGUCUGGACAAGAAGGUCAUCGUGGACCCGAAGACCGGGGAUUGGGCUCGGUAUGCAGGGUCCAGCGUCUUGACACCGAACCUGAAAGAGCUACAGCUGCUCUCCGGUCUCCCCGUUACACUUCCCUCGGAGAUUGAUAUUGCCGCUCAAGUUGUCUUGCAAAAGGCCCAGCCCGGGGCAUUGCUCGUGACAUGUGGCGCAGAUGGGAUGAUUCUGUACGAGCCUAAGAAGAGAGGCAUUGUCAUUCCAAGCACCUGCGCUACGCCGCGUGAUGUCAACGGCGCAGGCGACACUUGCAUUGCGGCUUUUGCGUGGGCCUAUCUUGCAUGUGGGCGGUCCUUGGAAGAGGCCGCUACGGUGGCCAACAAUGCAGGCGGCAUUGCAGUGGCGAAACUCGGGACCGCUAUCGUCACAAAGUGCGAGCUGGAGGCGUCCUGGAAGGAUUCACUAGUGGGAUCUGGAACACCGCCGCAGUCCAAGCUCAAAGUCGUCGGACUGGAGAAGCUACUCUCCCAGAUGCAGCUGAUGCGCCGGCUGGAGAGCCAUGGCAAAGUGGUAUUCACAAAUGGGUGUUUCGACCUUCUGCAUGUCGGCCAUAUUGAAUACCUCAACAAGGCUAAGGCUUUGGGCAGCUUGCUUGUGGAAGACACCCCGUUGACCCUUAUCGGCGCCAUUCAGCCCGACAUCCUGGUCAAGGGCAACGAUUACCAGCUGCAUGAGGUCGUGGGACGCGAUGUUGUUGAGGCCGCCGGCGGCAAAGUGGAAUUAGUUCCGUUUUGUACCGAUGUUUCUACUUCGUCUGUCAUUCAGACGAUCGUGCGUCGUUAUAGUGAAAGUUGA